CAUCUUGUGGCGCUGGGGGCCUGCCGGGACCGGGUCUGCGGGAGGACACCAUGACUGGGAGGCUGUGGUGCAAGGCCAUUUUUGCUGGCUACAAACGUGGCCUCCGAAACCAGCGGGAGCACACGGCCCUUCUAAAAAUUGAAGGUGUUUAUGCCCGUCAGGAGACAGACUUCUACCUGGGCAAGAGGUGUGCCUAUGUGUACAAAGCUAAAAACAACACGGUAACCCCUGGAGGCAAACCCAACAGGACACGCGUGAUCUGGGGGAAGGUGACCCGCGCCCAUGGGAACAGUGGCAUGGUUCGUGCCAAGUUCCGCUCCAACCUUCCUGCCAAGGCCAUUGGACACAGAAUCCGGGUGGUAAGUGGGUCUGUUUUAGCAGCAAGAUAUUUAUUGGCAGUGUUUGGGGUGCCUUUUAAUGCCACAUAGUAUGAGGGAACAUUUGAACUGUGUUUUUAUUCUAUUGCUGUUGAGUGUACAGCAUGGCUCAGUGACUGCGGUGAUGGAGCCUAGAGAGGCUUUUUCCUGGCUUCCUGUGCUAAGGGGAUGUCUCAUUGUCCAGGGUUUGCGUGCUUGCUCAGGUUGUCUGGAAAGGCUCUUCACAUUCCAGGACUCAGCUCCUUUCUAAAGCUGCCUUGAUUUAUUUUCCAACAAUCUGUUCUGUGCAUUUUUGCACCCUUCUACUCCUCUACUUGUUUUUUUCUCUUACUUCCCAAAUGUUUUAACUGGGGGUGGUGCUGUCCUGUCAUGGCGACUCCCAUCUGCUUCCACAGUUGGCAUUUUAGCCACAGGGUUUCAGUGGGACUGUCCCUUUAGGUCUCUCACCUAGAGUUGUGAUGUAAUACUUUCUUAGUGGUGUUGUCAAUAGGAAUACAAGAGAGGUGCAGUCCUUCCUUUCUGUCUUUCUCCUGUGCCUUAGAAAAAGCACAGUAGGAGCAGCUUAGAUAAUUCCUGAAAUCCAGAGCCAUGGGAGCUCUUGUUGGUGCACAGAACGGCUGGCUGCCACAGAGUCUGUGCCACCAGGGAAGUGCUUCUGCAAGUCACUGAACCAGCUGUUGGGCUUUUCCAUUCUCAUGCCUCUUGUGUAUAAACUGGGGAUUGCUUUUAUAGCAGUUGAAGAGAUUCACGGUCUGGGUUGUUACUGCAAAACUGGUGUUUGAAUACAAGAUUUCUAACGUGAUUCUGUC